AUGGUUGUUAUUUCAGUAAUUUGGUUCUUUACCAAACGUAUGCCCAGAAUAUUUGCAUUGAUCUUUAACAUAAUCACAAUAUUUCUUUUGAUUUUCCUUCUAAUCGGUUGCUAUAAUCCGACAAACGUGUCAACUUUCUUAGUCAAGUACACGUUUGAUGAGAGCUCGCCCUUCUAUUCAAUCAUCGAAAAGUCAUAUGAAAAAUCAAACACAACGUUGGGGCUGGAAAACGUCAUUAUAAGAUCCGGCUAUAUGGGUGUUUGUAUUGACAAAAUACCCUCACAAUAUAGUGCAUACAAUAACAUGACCACAUCUUCCAAUACAAUCUGUUAUCCGAGAAAAGAUUUAAGCUCCGUUCCUUUGUAUAAAGACUUGGAAAUCCAAUUAUCCAAUAUUGCAUCUUCCGGUUCCAAAUCACAGUCUAGUGUUGUUUUAGAUAUUUUGAAGUUAGCGCAACUAACAUCCGUUAACGUUUUACAUCCAUAUAUCUUGAUGGCCACUAUAAUCUUAACGAUCCUGAUGUUUUUAUUCAUUGUGUAUGUAACCGUUCCUAAGCUACCAUUCAAAUUAUUUGUUAAUAGAUUUUUGUUGCUGCUAAGCCCGGCCUUAGUCUUAACAUGGGGACUUGGAGCUAUGUGGACACACGUGGGUAUAAAUGGUAGUUAUAGAUUAGUUCCCUCUGCAAGCAUGAAUAUAAUUGAUGUUAAAAAAGGUAAGAAAGCAGCGACAAUGGCAUGGUUCAGUUUUGCAUUCUUGUUAUUGGAUAGCACUAUUUUAUGGCUAAUAUAUCUGAGAGAUAGGAAAAGCUUAAAAGAGGAGAUCGACAACGUCCCAUGUGCACAGAAUAGGUACAACAAUUAUACUUCUUCGGAUUCGUCUACGUUGCACUCCAAGGUAUAG